GCUGUUGUUGUAACUAAAUAACUCCGGUAUAUUGGUUCAAGUUCGCGGGACUGUCAUGCACGCCAGAAAGUGAAUGACUGAAUUAAUUUGUGGAUAAUAUUACGUGUUUACGGGAGACGCUAAACAGGAACGAUUCAGCUGAACUGGUUACACCGGUUCACUAAAAAGAAAGAACCGGUUCGAAUGAAUGAUUCGUCCGCGGCGCGAACCAGCAUCAAUCAUUCAUCAGGCACGAUGUCAGCGAGCAGCGGCAUAAUACAGAUUGGUUUUACAAACCAUAAUAAAUGUAUCGACAGUGCGCUUAAAAGGAAACUUUCCCCGAAACAUGUGGGAUAACAUCCAAUUUCGUAAGACACCUGCAAAGGCAUCACAAAGAGAGUAUUAUCCAGUUGAGCAGCAAAAAAAAAGGACACCCAGGCCAACACACCCAGCUCCAGCCCACCCUGGUGCUCAUCCUUGCACUGCCUGGGACACCUAAGGCCAACAGCCGCAGCUCCUGUUCUCUUUUUGCCAUAAAUACAUAUCUACUUUAGCAAUACAAAAUUGUGAAAUGCACUAUAGAAAUUAUUUUGACUUUGGAUCCUCACACCACCUGGUAAUAGCAGGAAACCCAUUUGGAGAGAACAGCAUUGUUUUUUCCUUGCUCGCAAGGAUUUGCUUUUUGGCAAAUUACAACUUUACCAUUGGUGUAGGCCUUGCUAUUAGAGACUACUUUUUUGCUGGAUUUUUUUACAGUUGUACAUUUGUACAAAGUUGUCACGGUCCUGCCUUCUUGGUUAUGUAUUUCUAGUCAUGUGGCAGGAUCGGGACGGAGCCCUUAGGUUUCAUGUGAGAAAGCCAUGAGUUGUUUACAUUUUGACAUCUCACGUGCUUUCUCGUGUCUUGUCAUUGGCCCCGCCCCUCUCGUUUCAUGUAUUGCUUCCCUGCCAUGUCUAAUGUUUCUCACCUGCCCUGUGUCGUUAUCCCUCGUUUGUUCUUGCCCUAUAUAAUACCCUCAUGUUUCAUUGUCCUGUGCUCGGUAAUUGUAUUCAGUCCGUCUUGUUACUCGUCCACUGUAUUUCAGUAUUGCCUGUUCCUGUUCCUGUUUCGUCGUCUCAGUAAGUGUUUAGUUUAGUUUAGUUUGUCAAGUGUUUAUUCAGUCUAUUGUUUAGUUAGUCUUCGUUCUGUACUUGUUUAUUGUUUUGCUUGUUCAUGAGUUUUACCCCAUCGCGGGUCUUUGUUUUGGGUUUUUGGUUGUCAUUAAAAGUCUGUUUGUUAUCCCCGUACUCCCGCUGCCUGCGCUUGGGUUCUUUCUUGCCACAUCCGUGACAGAAUGAACGAGCCCAAACAGAACCCAGCGGGCAGCAAGAUGGAUGGCACGGCGUCAUCCUCACGGUCCGCCAUAGCCCGCUUGCUGCUAGGGUUCCGCCAGGGAAACUACGGGAACCGGGAGUUCACCGGAGCAAUCUCGGCGGUGGCAGAGGCGACUGAGUUCAACAAGGCAGAGUUGAAGACGAUCUUCAACUGCUGCCUCACUCAGCGCCUCACCCCGUCUGAGAAGAGGCUGCUUGGUCCCCUAGGGUUCGCGGAAAUGGUCAGGUUCAUGGCCAACCGGGACGAUCCCGGGGGUGGGGUUCCACGUGGGACUUCCACCUCGCGGUCGAUCACGCCGGAGGGCCUCGACCUGGCUGCCGCUACCCGGGGGGACUCAGUACCCUCCGGCUUGAGCUCCACGGUCCCCGUUCACUCUGGCGGCGCCAGCAGUGGGCGGGAGAGGGGGGUUCCAGGUAUGACGUCGGCGGACUCCUCCGCUGCGGAACUCCCUCCGGUCCCCACGGAUUUGCCAAGAUCGGCUAUGGAUCCGGUGGUGCGGAGAAGGAGGGAGAGGCGCAGCGGAGGAGCGUCCACGCCGGUGCAGCCGGCGUUUGUCAUUUGUCAAGUGUUUAUUCAGUCUAUUGUUUAGUUAGUCUUCAUUCUGUACUUGUUUAUUGUUUUGCUUGUUCAUGAGUUUUACCCCAUUGCGGGUCUUUGUUUGGGGUUUUUGGUUGUCAUUAAAAGUCUGUUUGUUAUCCCCGUACUCCCGCUGCCUGUGCUUGGGUUCUUUCUUGCCACACCCGUGACACAAAGUACCUGAAACAUUUCUGUAUUUAUAUUUAAAGUUAAGGCAAAUUAUUUGGCUAGUUUUGUUAAGAUGUUGUUUUCAUUUAUAACAAUAUCACCAACACAAUAUUAAUUAUAUAUUUGAUUUCAUGAAUUUAGAA